UCGAUUCUGAUCGACGUUUGUAGCCAGUCAACCAUAGCAAGUCAUUGGCGUACCUGUAUAGAUUGGGUGAGGCAUGCAUCGCACUCGGAGGCUGACGCAGCCCCGCCAAUGCCUGCUUGGACUGCGUGUGCAGCUUGUCAAUGCUGACUAUGACGUUUAUUCAAAUUAUUCAACAUAAACGUGUCACUGUCUUCUGUCUACUUGAGUACAGGCCUACAGGGCACCGCCGCCAGAGCCGAGUGUCGGUCGCUGAAGUACAUCCGGAAACACGCCACUCGAACCCCUGGUCGUUAAUCGGGCUUUUAGUGCAGGGGGAAGAUGUACGAGCGUCCGAACUGUGUCCGUUCUUACAGUCGUCAGGGUCCAUACCAAACAUGGGCACGAUACCCGGUGUUUAUAUUUGAGACCGGUGCCCAUAAGCGAGGCAGGAGGUUAUGUAGCAUCUGUACCGAGAGCUUGUACGAGUGAUACCGGGUAGCCCAUGAAUAUAUCUCAGAAAUAAUCUUGGCCAGCCGAAGCCGACCCCGCAUACAACCGUGAAUUGUGAUAUAAGAAGCCACUGCUGCCCAAGUACUCCAGUACACAUCUACACAUCCAUAGCUGAAACCUAGUUCUACUUAUCCAUUCUCACCAUGCCCGGAACCGUUAUGGAUUCGCCCCGACCCACCCUCGGACAUGUCAAUCUUAUGCUCGACACAUUCCUAGCUAAUGCUACCGUCAAUGACCUGCGAGCAAUCGUGCGAUCAACAUUGGCCACAUCUCCGCCUAGCACCUCCGCCUCCUUUAUCGAAUCCGCAAGGAAGAGACUACAGCAAACAUAUGCUAAGGUACCAGUCGCAUCGAAGGGUCUGUUUGUGACAUUGGAGAAUGGAUACUCCAUCCCGGGCCCUGCAUUGCAGGACACUCUCUCGGCCACACGUUCAUUGUACGGGGCAGGGAUGGGUAUCAUAAGCCUCCAGAAAUUUGCUGAAGUUAUCCGAGCGACAAUCGGCCAUAGGUGGGACGAAGAUAGUGAGCUGGAAGCCAUGUUGGCGGUUAUCGAUGCAGAUAUUGCCCAAGCAAUCCAAAGCUCCAAGGAAGAACUUUUGAGGGACAAUCCCGGUGACCGCGCAGAUGCGAUUGCCGCUGUGGCUCAGUUAACGUCUGUCAUUGAAGAGAGCCGCGUGGAUAUACAGAGAUGGGAUGGCGAUUUUCCAUUUGAAAGGGCGGCAGACAGUUUACGAUACUUGGUUUUAUGAGGAAUCAGUCUUUUUGUAUAACUUGUCCAUCAUGGUAGUAAAACGUACCCUGGGUUUUAACAAGGAACACAUAUGAAGCCUACUCCCGUAUAUAAAAAAUGGUGCAGGUU